CCUCCGCCUCCGCCUCUCCGCCCGGCGCCUGGUCCUGGCGCGGCUGCCGAACGGUCCCGCUCGACGCCUCCCGGACCAAGUGCCUGUGUGACCGGCUCUCCGCCUUCGCCAUCUUAGCCCAGCUCAGCCCCGACAUGAACAUGGAAAAGGUGCUGGUCCCUUCUGUCACGUUAAUUGUAGGCUGUGGAGUAUCCUCGCUGACACUUUUGCUGUUGAUUAUCAUUUAUGUCUCUGUUUGGAGGUACAUCCGCUCGGAGCGCUCCGUCAUCCUCAUCAACUUCUGCCUCUCCAUCAUCUCCUCCAACGCUCUCAUCCUGAUCGGACAGACCCAGACCCGGAAUAAGGUGAUCUGCACGCUGGUGGCGGCUUUCUUGCACUUCUUCUUCCUCUCCUCUUUCUGCUGGGUGCUGACCGAGGCCUGGCAGUCCUACAUGGCCGUGACGGGCCGGUUACGGAACCGCAUCAUCCGCAAGCGCUUCUUGUGUCUCGGAUGGGGGCUCCCUGCCUUGGUGGUUGCCAUUUCCGUGGGGUUUACUAAGGCCAAGGGAUACGGCACCGUGAACUACUGCUGGCUGUCAUUAGAGGGAGGACUCCUCUAUGCCUUCGUGGGACCGGCGGCUGCUGUCGUUUUGGUGAACAUGGUUAUUGGCAUUCUGGUUUUUAACAAACUUGUAUCCAAAGAUGGAAUAACAGAUAAGAAACUGAAGGAACGGGCAGGUCAGAUGGCAGUGCCCCUUUACGGCAUGACGCUCAAAUGUUCCAAGUGUGGAGUAGUUUCUUCUGCUGAAGUUUCGGCCACAGCCACCAGUAACGCCAUGGCGUCCCUCUGGAGCUCCUGCGUGGUCCUGCCCCUGCUGGCUCUCACUUGGAUGUCUGCAGUCCUGGCCAUCACCGACCGGCGCUCAGCGCUCUUCCAGAUCCUUUUUGCCGUCUUCGACUCCUUGGAGGGAUUUGUCAUCGUCAUGGUCCACUGCAUCCUCAGGCGGGAGGUCCAGGAUGCUGUGAAGUGCCGGGUUGUGGAUCGUCAGGAGGAAGGGAAUGGAGACUCAGGGGGGUCAUUUCAGAACGGACACGCACAGCUGAUGACCGACUUCGAGAAGGACGUGGACAUGGCUUGUAGAUCAGGUGAGCACAUCACAGUGCUGAACAAAGACAUCACCACAUGCAGAACCUCGACCAUCACGGGGACCCUGAAGCGCCCGUCGCUGCCCGACGAAGAGAAACUGAAACUCAGCCACCAGAAAAGUUCCUCCAACUUCAACAGUCUUCCAGCCAACGUCUCCAAGAUGCACCUUCAGGGCUCCCCGCACUACCUGGGGGCCAUCAACCUGAACGAGUUCAGCAACCACUCCCUCACCCUCAAGAAGGACAAGAACCAGCCACCGAAAUCCAUCUACAUCUGCGACGGGGACAUCUUCAAGAAGCUGGACUCGGAGCUGUCGCGGGCGCAAGAGCAGACCCUGGACACCAGCUACGUGAUCCUGCCCACCAACACGUCCACCUUGAGGGCCAAGCCCAAAGAUGAGAGCAAAUACAGCAUCAACAUCGACCAGAUGCCUCAGACGCGGCUCAUCCACCUUAGCAUGGCCACCGACCCUGGCUUCGUGGUCAAGAGCCCCCCACGGGAGCCGGUGACCGUGGCGUGCAGCGAGGUGCAGGGUUCCUCCAUGAUCCAGCAGCAGCAGCAGCUGGCUCCACAGAACAUCUCCAACGAGUCACAGAUUCCCAACAGCAUGUGUGACACGGGUGACUCAGGGAACUCGGGUGUGGUGUCCAAGAGCGAGACCGUCUCCACCCUCUCCAUGAGCUCCUUGGAGAGGCGGAAAUCCCGGUACGCAGAAUUAGAUUUUGAGAAAAUCAUGCACACAAGGAAACGUCACCAAGACAUGUUCCAGGACCUGAACAGAAAACUCCAGCACGCAGAGAAGGAGAAGGAGUCUCCAACAACGGACAGCAAGCAAGAAAAACAGCAGACACCAAACAAGAGACCCUGGGAAGGCAUCAGGAAAGUCCAGUCUCCGCCAUCAUGGGUUAAAAAGGACAUCGAACCUGUGGCACAGUCUCCCCUAGAACUAAAAACUGUAGAGUGGGAGAAAACAGGGGCCACCAUCCCCUUGGUGGGACAAGACAUUAUUGACCUUCAGACAGAGGUCUGAGCAGAAAGGGAAGAAAAAAGACUCUUUUUUUUUUCUGGAAAACAAGCGAAACAAACAAAACAAAACCACGUUUUAAGGAAAUGAUUAAAUUAAAUCGGAACCGAGCAAGAGAAGUGUUUGGUUUCUUUUGAAACCUUUGGUAAGAUGGAGUAACUUUUGUAUCGUUCUCAGCAGAGAGGGGGAAUAUUACUUUAUAGAGUAUAGUAGCUGUAGGUUCAGGACAACACGAGCUUUCCCAGGCAGGACUGGAGGAGUGAGCCUGGAGAGAGCGAGGAAGAGGAGGAGGAGGGUGGGGAGGGGCUGCGGGGGACAAGCCCUGCCAAGAUGCUCUCGGGUCUCUGCCGCGCACCGGGAGCCCUCCAUCUUCUGUGGAAGGAUGCCCAGUAGCAGCCACCACAGAGGGCCCAGAAGAUCUCAGUGUUUGGGGACGCCGAGAGGGGACGCCUGCGGGAACCUGGCUGGGAUGUGGCCUGGCUGGGGCAGACCCAGCCUCGAGGGGCAUCCCUGGCUCCCCCGCCUCUCCCUCGCCCGCUCGUCCAAGAAGGAAGGAGAUGGGAUGUGCCAAGAGGUGGCCACAAGGACAUUGCCACUCCUGGGCACCGCGCCACGACCUGGCAUUGGCUCAUGGUCGCAGCGGGUGGGGCUCCCUCCUCUCAUCCCUCCCUGGCGGAGGAAAGGACCAGCUCCAGAUCUCCAAAUCCUGCUCACCCCAUCUCCAGGGCGAGGCUGGAAGGUGGUAGACAACAAGACCAACACGAAGAAUGUAGGUCAUGUCAUUGACUGUUAAAUAGAUAAACUCAGCACGGGCCUUGCAAAGGUCCUCUUGGCCUCAUCCUUUUUUUUUUUUUUUUUUUUUUUUUUUUUUUUAAUUUUUUAUUUUUUGGUUCUGUUAUUUGUCCUUGCUUUCGGACUCAGAUUUAUUCCAAGCUGCCCCUCCCUGGAAGGCAGAGAGAGAAAAAGGGAAAGACAGAUCUGCCACUGUACCUGGAGAUAUUGGUAAACAGAGACGCUGCCUUAGGACAUUGAGACAAACUGACAACAUGAAUAACGUCCACUUGGAAACAAACAGACAAAAAAAAAAAAAAAAAAA